AUGGAGUGGACGACGACGACGACGACAACAACAACGGCGACGACGCCCUGGCGACUGGCCCGCCUCCAACCCGAGCUGCCGGCCAAUCAGAGGGCGGGCCCGAGCGUCGCGCAACGCUAUGAAUACAUCGGAAUAUUUUCGGCGGCGGCGGCGGUGGCGGUAAAGAAUCAGAUGCCAAUACGAUCAGGCUUCUCUGUCUACUCGACACGACUACUACUACUACUACUACUACUACUGCUGCUGCUGCUACAACAACAACAACAACAACAACAACAACCACCAUCACCACAUCCGCCGUCACCACCACCACCACCACCACCACCACCACCACACCAGACUAGAGAAAGCUAUCAGCUGCAGUGGUCCCGUAGGAGGAGGAAGCACCUUCUGCGCAUGCGCUGUACGAGAGAGCUGCCGCCGGCCUUGAGCGCCUCCGGAAGUGCCGCCGCAGCCGCCUCCGCCCGGAAGCUGGUGGCAGCGGCGAGUGGCGUAGCGCUGCAGCGGACUUUUAUUGGCCCGAAUUACAGUGUGGCAAGUCGCCGGGCACAUUUCCAUGCAAAUCAGCCGGUCCAGUUCCGCGGGCCGCUAGCCGGCAAACAGCCCCCGGACGGCGGCCGGCAGCCGACAGCGGAGGAAAAGCCGCCCCCGGCGGGCGCGGCCGCGGCCGCCUGCUACGCCCCCGCAGUCGGCCGGCGACUGUCAGCGGCCGCAACUUGUUAUCAGCCUUGA